CAUCAGAAUGACAAAUGGCUCUACACAGUUGAGCCUUAAAUCUUCAAUUGAAACCUCAAAAUUCUUUGUCCAUGGAAUUUAUCUACGAGCGAGUAACACUUAAAUUCAGAGACAACCCAGAAAGGGCUUAAGAUGGACAAUCCAUCAUCGAACAAGCGAGGUAUCUUAAAGAACCCGAACCCCAAGAGUAAUAAGCGUAGAAACAGGGAUAGUGUCAAGUCGACGCACUUCGACGAGCAAAACGUCAAGCGUACAUAUCAUCCCGCCGACAAGACCUAUGGAUUUAUGAAGAUCGAUGAGCCCAAAACACCACACCCCGGAACCAAUUCAUAUCCGGUUAGUUCGGAGGAGUUGCGACGACGACUCGAAACUCUCCGAAAGACAGAAUACUCGUCGUCGUCUAGCGACGAAAAAGAAGAGACGCCGGAGGAAAGGAAACGACGCGAGGAGUUCGAGAGGCGUCGGCGACUUUCGUAUCAGAAUGAAUUCAAGCUGGCCAAAGAGAUGAAAAAGAAGCUCAAAGACGACUUUUGAGCGGAUGUUAUGAAGCGGUUUUUACUCUAAUUUAAUACUUUAUUUAUAAGGGGCAAGACUGAUACAAACCCUGUGAUCGUUGCAAAUCUAUUUUGAAAUACAUGUUUGUCUAUGGUUUA